AUGCCCACCCAGGACGCAGCGAUGCCCACCAGGACAGCGAAGGAAGCAGUGACGCCCACCCACAGGUGUCUACCCAGAGUGAUGCCCACCCAGGAAGCAGCGACGCUCCACCCAGGAAGCAGCGACGCUCACCCAGAAGCACGCCCCCCAGGAAGCAGGCUCCACCCAGGAAGCAGAAGCAGUGACGCCCCACCCAGCACCCAGAGGGAAGCAGUGACGCCCACCAGGAAGGACAGUGAUGCCCAGGACCCAGGAAGGAGUGACAUCUGCAGAGUGAUGCCCACCCAGGAAGCAGUGACGCCCACCCAGGAAGGAGUGACAUCUACCCAGAGUGAUGCCCAUCCAGGAAGCAGUGACGCCCCACAGGAAGGAGUGACAUCUACCCAGAGUGAUGCCCACCCAGGAAGCAGUGACGCCCACCCAGGAAGGAGUGACAUCUACCCAGAGUGA